AUGACUUUCUACGAUGACAUUUACCCAUUCUACCCUCUACAAAGGAGCUCCUUCCUCUUCAGUGGCCGCUUGCUCACCAUUAUUCUAGUCUUCCUUGUGCUAGCAGUCAGUCUCCUUCUCAUUCUACCCGGGAUACGAGGGAAGUCGAGGCUGUUCUGGAUGUUUCGAAUAAUCAUUAGCUUGUUCAUAGGCGUGGUGAUAGUAGCGCUCAACUUUACCGACGACUGGGCUGAGGCCAGAGUGACCACAAAUGCCACCUACAAGUCUUUCAGCAACGCCGUGAUUAAUGCUGACAUCGGCUUGCAUGUUGGACUGUACGGCAUUAACGUGACACUAAAGGGGAAUCCCGUUGUACAGUUCAAUGAGACCAUUGACUACAAUGAGAUGUUCAGCUGGCAUGACACUAUUGAAGAAGAGUAUGAGGAAGCUCUGAAGAAAGGUUUACCCAACCCCAUCCUGUACAUCGCUGAGAAAUUCACCCUGCGAAGCCCAUGUGGACUCAUCUUUCAAUACAGAUACUCUGGACAAUACGCCUCUGCAACCCUCUGGACGGCGUUUUGCUGCUGGAUGCUCACCAAUAUCCUCUUCUCCAUGCCGGUCAUGCUGUACGCCGGGUACAUGAUGCUGGCCACCGCUGCCUUCAUCUUCUUCUCCAUGGCCUCCUUCUCCACCAUCAUGAACGUGCCACAGUGUGUUUUCUCCAUAGAGUCCGACACCUUUGAAACCAAGUACAGCCAUUCAUUCUGGCUGGCUCUGGCUACAGGUGUACUGUGCACCAUCAUCGGGAUUCUGGUGGUGAUGUUGAAUUUCCUUAUACCAGAGAAGAUGAAAGAGGCUUUCAGUGUUGGUGUCGACAGUUAUGAAGAUGAGGAUGUUCCUUAUGGGGAGGGCUACCUGAAUGCAGUUUUCCUUGAUGGAGUGACAAUUUCACCGCUGACAUCAAAAGUCACAACGGAACAUUUAUGA